AUACGAAUGGGGGAGCAAAUAGUUAAUGACUCUUUGCGGCAGACGAUGGUGGCUGUGCUGAUAAACUAGAAAGAGAGGGAUGAUGCCCGCCAGCUCUUCCCGUCACUCGGCACAGGGCGAAGGCUAGAUGCUCUGCGCUCUCCAGGGCUCCAUCGCGAGCUCAACGCCAUCCGUAAUAUUGUAGCAAUUAUCAUAAGCUUUAAAUCACCUCUCGAAAGGGACGUACACUAAUAUUACUCUCUGACCUAAAAGUCAUACUUCCCUCUUUCACCCAAGGCCGGAACAUCGGUUUCUCCGAGGUUAAAUAUCGCCGUAGAACAUCAGCCUGCCUGAUGGCCAGCCGACCGCCGAUGUUUCCCCGAACUCUUGUUUUGGCGCUUGAUAGCAAGCACCACGUGCCGAUGCAGCUGCGGGAAACGAAUCCUCAUUCCCGCACUCUUUAGCACAAGCAAUGCAUACCCACCAUGGAGAGAUACGAAGAAUUGCUCCGUACUCAUCCCGCUUCACCACACCGCAGUCUUCCCAACCUUCAUCACCGGUAGCCUCACCGGGAAAGUCUCUUCGCGCUUCUGAAGACCGUGGCAAGCUGGAUACCGACGCGAAUCGAUCCCGAGAAAGCGACCAAAACGAGUUUCCAGAUAGCCGAAAGCGACAACUGGACUCUCUCCACAACGACGAGGUACUGACGGAGGAAGAACGAUCCCGAAAGAUGCAGGUGCGACCUACGUCUAGGAAAUCUAGACCGCAGGCUCCAGCCGUAAUUGACACCGUCAUCGACCUCACAAAUAUUCCUUCGCGCAGUUCGGAAGACGAAGCGGACAGAGAUAUUCAACACCCCGAGACGCGAGAUUACGCACAAGGCGAGGAUACCGCGAUAGGCAAUGGCGACGAGGAGGUAGAAAGAGGCAUUCGCCCCGACGGUGCAGUGGAAGACUACGCUGACGAGCUUUAUGACGCCAUGCGGAAAAGAAGUGGAACCAGAUUCGAAGAUGCGGUAUCCGGCCAGCUACGCAAAGGAGGCUCCAACGACGCUGGGGACGAGCUCGGAGAACGCAUCCGAGCCGCUAUCUCUUACACUCGCUCUCAGGCUAAGAAGAGAGAAACCCCACGUGUGUACUCAAACUUCAACGUCCCAGUUACCGACCCGCCCUCUGAUGCGCUCACCCUCCUGCGCAACACCGAAAGCGAAGGCUUCGCGACAUUCAUCUUUGGCACACCGAUAAAGGAGUGCUACUCGCUCGGCGUUCCCCCCACACCCAAGCCCUUCAAUACGAUUGAUCAGCAAUGGUGGAUAGGCCUUUCCCGUGCCGAAGUGCGGGCCGGACCGCUGAGGACGGAGACAGACGUGAAGGAGGCCAAGAGAGAGGUGUCGAGGGAGAUGGACCGGAGGAAGAAGAGCGAAACCGCGCUCAACGGUCAUCUAAGAAAGGAGGAGGUACACGCCGGAGAGUCGUGGAGGCGGCAGGAGCUGGGAUUGCCGAUGACCGGGCAGCUGGAUCAGAAGAUGGUGCGCAAGGCCAUGAGUGAACAUGGUUGGGACUACGAUUCGGGCAAUCCAGGCGGCACAAACGGCGACGACGUGAACAUUGGGCCCGAGGACGGCAGCGAGGCGACAACAGGCAGGACCGAGGAUGGCAAGAGCAUCAGUCGGGUAAACCGAGGUUGCAAGACACCGGCGCUCCCCGACGCCGAGCCUCAUUGUGCUGACCAUGGAAAGGAGCCAAUGGCGAAAGCAGCCUGCCAGCGAUGCAAGAAGCACAAAAAAGGUUGCGAUCGCGAGCGGCCCUGCGAGCGCUGUAGAGAUGCCGGCAUCGGCAUCGAAGGCUGUAUUAGCGAUGACGAGGUCAGAAGAAAGGCAGGACGUCCUAAGAAGGCGGAUAGCAUGGCCGUCAGAACUGAUACAGGUGCCGGUCCGGGAGAGGUGAGCCGGGAGAGGUCGAGUACAUGA